CCCCCCCCCUCAAGGUUUCUGUAGUAAUGGCAGGAUGGCAGGCGGGAGCGGGCUUACUUGUCCCAGCCUGGGAAGCAGCUUUGAGGAUGAAACAUUGAAACUGAGGCAACUGAAACUAGAAAAUCAGAGAGCUCUUCUAGAGAAGAAGCAGAGGAAAAAGCGUCUUGAACCCUUGAUGGUGCAGCCUAAUCCAGAAGCAAAAUUAUGCAAGUUUAAAUCCAAAGUGGGGGAAGAACAGGCACCUUUAGUUGAGCCUUCUGCCCAUGCCUGUACCAAUGUGGUUCUCCAUGGCAUUGAUGGGCCUGCUAUCUUUCUGAAACCGGCAGUACAGGAAUUGGGAGACAAACACCAGAUCAUUUCAGUUGGAUCCUACUCAACUGAGGAAGACAACAUGCCAGAAAAGACUGAGGAAACUCAAACAAAUGCAGCCUCCAAGGUGGCUUUACAAGAUAUCUUGCAAAAACGAGUGAGAAGUGUUCAAUUUAUGGAAUGGAAAGGUAUCUCUGGAAGUAUGAAUUUUGAUGAGGAGGAUACUGAUGAGGAAGAAGAAAUAGAGAAGAAGUCAGGAUCUCGUUCACCCUGUUUAGAAUCUCAGAGGCCUCCUUCUGCCAACAGCCAAAUCUCUGCUACAGAAAUAGGUGCUUCUUGUGUGGAACUGCCUCAGACAGAUGCACAACUGGGGGAAAUAGACAACCUGGAGGAGUUUGCACUAUGCCCUGCUCCUCGUGGCAUAACAGUGAAAUGUAGGAUCACCAGAGAUAAGAAAGGGAUGGACCGAGGCCUCUUUCCUACCUAUUAUAUGCACUUGGAACGGGAUGAUAAUAGAAAGGUAUUUCUUCUUGCGGGAAGGAAAAGGAAAAAGAGCAAAACGUCAAAUUACCUCAUCUCAAUUGAUGCAACAGAUUUAUCUAGAGAAGGGGAGAGUUUUAUCGGGAAACUCAGGUCAAAUCUUAUGGGUACUAAAUUUACUGUCUAUGAUCAUGGAGUUAGUCCAACCAAAGCACAGGGACUGGUGGAAAAAGCUCAUACUCGGCAUGAGAUGGCUGCAAUUUGCUAUGAAACCAAUGUGUUAGGAUUCAAAGGGCCCAGGAAAAUGUCAGUCAUUAUCCCAGGAAUGAACCUGAAUCACCAGCGAAUUCCAAUCAGACCACGAAAUGAGCAUGAGAGCUUGCUGUCGAAAUGGCAAAACAAAGACAUGGAAAACCUAAUUGAGUUGCACAACAAAGCUCCAGUAUGGAAUGAUGAUACUCAGUCGUAUGUCUUGAACUUCCAUGGAAGAGUCACCCAGGCUUCGGUGAAGAAUUUCCAGAUUGUGCAUGACAAUGACCCUGACUACAUUGUGAUGCAGUUUGGCCGUGUAGCAGAGGAUGUGUUCACCUUGGACUUCAAUUACCCACUCUGUGCUCUUCAGGCCUUUGCAAUUGGACUCUCCAGUUUUGAUAGCAAACUAGCAUGUGAAUGACACACAUGGCACAUCAAUGCUGCCUUAUCUUUUUCUCCCUAUGCUGAUACUUGAGUAAAGAAAAUGUACAGGAUAUAAUCAGGAAAGUUUCCCAAUUUUUUGAGGAUAUUGAGGGGAAUUUGAUUGUUUAUGUUUGUUUUUUACCUGAUGAAUCAAAAACUAUCUAUACCUAACUGUUUCUAAUACCACCUUGGACUGAAGGUGGCUGAUGACAGUUCUUUAACAGCAUAAAUUGGUUCUUACAAUCACAUACUUUAUCCAGUUUUGGUGACAUUUUGAGGGCAAACUAAUACUAAUUUCAAGGGCUUUUUGGAAGCAUGCAUUGAAAAAAUUACGAAAUAUCAGCUGUUCAAAUUUAUUUCAGGGAACCUGACAAAAUAUGGGCAAAAUAUGUUUAUGAAAUGAACUAUGUUAAGAACAAUCUCCAGAAUAAUAGUAUGAAAUACUGCGUGCAUAAGUGAAACUGUAUAAGUGACUUUUUGCAGUUCUCUGUCUUGCAUCCAGGCGUGCAGUCAAGUGCUUGCCCCAGGUAUGUCUGAGCAUGUGACAGCCAGCUGGAAUAACUGCAGCCAGUAGUUACACUACACUGCACAAACCCAGUAGGGCCAGUAUGACAUAGAUUGCUAUAUGACCAGGCUUUUGGGAUGUUGGAAAAAAAUAAUAAUAUAAAAAUCCAGCUCUUCUGACAAUCUACCAGGAGGAGGAUGUUGUGAGAUGUUUCAGUCUCAUGGGGCCUUCCCUGUUGGUGGGCCUUGAGUUACCGAUUGUGUCUUUUUAGGCUAGCAGGCAGUGUAAGAAAGUCAUGCUGCCUGCUGAGUAAGUACUGGGAAAACAGAGAUGAGUGGUUGCAAGAUUUGGGAUGUCCAGGUUGGAGUGGUCUGCCAUAGUGUUGGUGCAUUCUUAUUUCCUUUGUUCUCUACCCUUUACUUUCUAGCCAUUUUAUCCAGCUUAACUCUCCAACCACAUUCUCCAAGCCGCUGCAGAGUAUGUCUUGUUGCUGCUGCUGUUUAGUUGUUAAGUCGUGUCCGACUCUUCAUGACCCCAUGGACCAGA